GGAGAUAAGGAAAGAUAAGAAGAGGGAGGAACAAAGAGCGGCUGCAGCAGUGUGGUAGUGGCUGUGGUGGUGGGAAUGAGGUGUUUUUAAGGUUACAGUGCUCGUGCCUCUCCAAGUAAAACACGCUAAACUACGUGGCUGGAAAAAAAAAGAAAAAAGAAUUAAGAGACCAACAUGGAGGAAAUUCUGAUUCUACAAAUGGGAGGCACCAUCGACAAAGACUACCCCAAGACCACGGGCGGCCGCGCCUUCGAGGUGGGCGAGCCGUCGGUGCGUAGAGUGAUGGCCCGUCUGCGUCCUUCUCGCUCAGUCAUCACCUCUCUCCACACUGUGUGCAGGAAGGACAGCCUCGACCUGACUGAGGACGACAGACAGGCCUUGGCCACAAAGGUGUCAGAGGCCAGCCAGACCCGUGUUGUAGUCACCCACGGCACAGACUUCCUCAUAGACACCGCCACGCACCUCGCCACGCACCUGCGUCACCGCGGAGUCACCAGCAAGACGGUGGUAUUCACGGGGGCACACACGCCGGAAAAAUUCAGGGAUUCCGACGCGGACUUCAAUAUCGGCGUGGCCAUUGGGGCGGUGCAGGCUGCCGGACCCGGGGUGUUCGUGGCCAUGAACGGCAUUCUGCUUCCCUGGGACCGUGUGGAGCGGGACGACACGGGACAGUUUGUGCCUCGCCGACGACAGCUUCCUGUCACAGUGUAAAGUUUCUUUCCUUCCUUGCUUCUCCUGUUUGUUCAAUUCAUACUCCUCCCAUUCUUCUUCUUACAGACAUCUCUUCUCUUAUCUCCUGUUCACGCUCUCUUUUCCUUCUUCUCGUGUUUGCUCAGUUCCACCUCCUCCCAUCUUUCCUUCCCUCCUUCUUUUGUUCGGUCUCCUCCUCCCAUCCUUUCUCCCCUCCUUUUCUUGUUUGUUCAUCUCCUCCUCCUUAUCCCAUUCUUCCUUCCCUCUCUCCCUCUUCGGUUUGUUAAUUUCCUGCUCUUCCUAUACUUCUUUUCCUCCUGCUAUUCUGGUUUGUUAAUUUCUUAUUUCCCCAUCCUCCCUUCCCUCUUUCUUCUCUGGUUUGUCAAUUUCCGACUCCCCAUCCUUCCUUCCCUCCUACUCUGGUUUGUUAAUUUCCUACUCCCCCACCUUUCCUUCCUUUCCUCCUCUCUUUUUAUGUUCAUUUCCUAUCCCUUCCAUACUUUCUGUCAACCUUUGUUCCCUUUUCUCAUGUUAAUUCCCUCACCUCACCUCCUUUUUCUUACAUUCUUCUUCUGCUAUUUGUUCUCUUCCUUCUCCUUUCAUCAUUAUAGUAAUCCUCUUUUCCAUGUUUUUACUCAUCUCUCAUCCCUAUCUCCUUCUCUACACUAUGUAGAUCCUUCGCAUUAAUUUUUCUUUAUCAUCCAUCUCUUUUCUUAUUCUUCUUCCGUCCUUUUAGUUCUUUUCCUUCCAUCCAUUUCCGCAGCCACUUUAUUUUUCUCACCGAUCUUUAUUUUUUCCCUUCCUUUUGUUAGGUUAAUAUUUUUUCCUUUUUCUUCCAUCCUUCCAAUCCACCUCCUCGAGAGAGAGAGAGAGAGAGAGAGAGAGAGAGAGAGAGAGAGAGAGAGAGAGAGAGAGAGAGAGAGAGAAUUCUUAGUUCCUGAGUUAUCCCAGCAGCAUGUGUCUCUUGGGCACCUACAUAUAUGCAGCGUUAGUGCUCCUGGACAGACACGUGUGGCUUCUUUUUUAACGUUCCUUUUUUCAUUUGAUUCACUCAGUCCAACUGUUCAGUCUUUGAGGGAUAUCAAAAUAUGACUUUCUUUCUCAACUGUCUAUAAUUUUCAGCUAAAAUGUAUACAUCAGACAAGAUAGAAAAGAUUUAACAUUAGAUGUUACAUAAAUAAAAUGCAGAUCCA